GACCGAAAUGAUAGAUGUUGAUUGGUCUACUUAAAUUACCGCCUGUUUCGAACUCGUUAUUUAUAACUGGCAGCCAUUUUAACUUAGUGUCUUACAGAUAAUUCUGGUUUUCUACAUCGGGCUGGAAACAGGCUCUUGCUGCUCUGUAUCCAAAGAUGGGAAGUAGGGUAAAGGUCUUUAUUAGGCUACGGCCUGUGAUGAAGAAAGAAAACGAAGAUGGUAUGCCACAGUGCUGUGCGAAGAAAGCGACCGAGAAGAGACUGCAACUUUGGAAUUACAGGAACCCAAACAGUGAUGUUUUAGAAUACGAAUUUGAUAAAGUUUUCAGUGAUGAUGCAGCCCAAAGCAAGAUAUAUGAGGAUGUAAAAUCUUUGGUUCCAAAUGUUUUAAAUGGACAGAAUGCAACAAUUUUUGGCUAUGGUCCAACUGGGGCAGGGAAAACACAUACAAUAGUUGGAUCUAGGGAAGAGCCAGGGCUAAUUCCUAGAUGUAUAAACUACGUUUUCAUGCUUAUGAAGGCCAGGGAGCUUGAAAGUAAACAAAAAGAGACAUUUUCUGUGCAUUUUUCAAUGCUGGAAAUCUACCAAGAGAAGGUGUAUGACUUGAUAAAGCCAAAAGAAAAAGACCUACCCAUCCGCCAAGAUGCAACAGGGAAUAUUGUUAUUCCAGAGUUAACUGAGGUUAAACUUUCAAGCUUCAAUGAAUUUACUCACAAGUACCAGUCUGCAAGCAAUAAUAGGACCAUUGGAUCAACAAAGCUCAACUCUCGCUCUUCAAGAAGUCACACUAUACUUCUGAUGAAGGUUGUCAAGACUAAUGCUGACAAUCCAACAAAGAAGUAUCUAGGAAAGUUGUACCUUAUUGAUUUAGCUGGCUCUGAGGAUAACAGAAGGACAGGAAAUACUGGUAUAAGGCUGAAGGAAAGUGGCGCAAUCAACUCUUCACUGUUUGCAUUGAGCAUGGUUGUAGAUGCACUUAACAAAGGACUGCAUAGAAUCCCGUACAGAGAUAGCAAGCUGACACGUCUUCUUCAGGAUUCGAUUGGAGGAACAGCACAUUCUCUUAUGAUUGCCUGCAUUGCACCGGAACCAUCCUUCUACUGGGACACUUUGAACACAUUGAAGUUUGCAUCAAAGUCAAGAGAAAUUGUCAACAAGCCAUUCACUGCAGUUAUACAAGAAAGGCCAGCAAAACGACCACAUUCAUCAGAUGCAGAUAAAGGGAACCCUGAGGCAAAACGACCCUUAUUGGACAAGGACAAGAACCAAAAGAAGGUAGACAAAGAAAACCAGGACGCUACUGUUGUUGAAAAUCUAAAGAAGUUGCUUAGCCCAAUUGGCAAGAAGCAGCAAGAGUUUGAGAACAAUUUCGCUAAAAGGCUAAAGGUAUUAGAAGACCAACUGAAAACACAAAUGGGAAAGACUGAACCAAAACCAGCCCCAUUGAAAGAAAGUUCUAAAGCAAAUGUACCUGUCAACAAAGUUAGGCCCCUCAUGGCGAAGUCCCAGCCAGCACUUUGUAAAACUCCUUGUGCAGGAAAAAAGAAAAUCCAGUUCGACUCACCUGAGGACCAAGGAACAUCUUUUUCAAAUGCAAGCCAGCUUUCUUUGCCACAAAUGAUAAAUGGCCCUGGAGGUGUCUGCAACACACCAAAAUAUAAAAUCACAUUGGAUCCAAAAAUGCUUGAAGAAUAUGAGGCAAAACUGAUAAAAACUCUGAGCACUGGAAGCAUCAAAGCAAUAAUGGCUUUGCCAACCAUCGGGAAGAAGAGAGCAGAACAGAUAAUAAAAUAUCGGGACGAAAAUGGACACUUCGGCAGCAUAUCAGAGUUACUCAAGGUUGGUUUCACAAAGACAAUGCUGGAAACCUUUCGAAAGAAAAGUAUCAUGCAUCGGUUGGAAAUAGCAUGAACACAAAGAGUGAAUAUGCAGCAUUGAGAAACACGAAGAAACGUUCAACUUCCCAUCACACCCUUUACUUAUUAGUAUCAUGAAUGUAAAUAAGUUGAUAGACUGGACAGAACUGUAAUUGAAAAUUUUGUAUAAGCAACAAAGAGCCAAACCCUAUUAUUAUCGGUUAAACAUCUGGGGUUUUAUGGCAGAUGAUAUUUUGACAAACUGGUGUAAUCUAUAACGUACGUUGAUCCAGUAAGAGUAGCGGUAGAUUUCAUGAAUUUGUGGGGCUAAAAGGAAACCGUACGUACAUUCUUAGAACGUUUUUGGUAUCAAGAUCACGUUGAGUGAACUAAGGGUUAUUCUGCCAAUCUUUAAGCACAUCACAACAUUAGCUAAAAUGAUGGAAACCAUAUUUCUUUCUUCUCCUUUUUCCACUCAUUGGCUAAAUAUUUUGAAUUUUCCCCUUUUUAUGCGUUUGUCUAUUGUUGGGCAUACGUACAUUAUGGGUGCCUCCCCUUUCGCUAGCCUUCUUCUUUAUAGCUACAAAAAAUAUGCACGCAGCCUUGAUUUACCUGCUAUGAAAUGACGUAACAAAAGAUACCCGCAUUUGCAUCCUUGAUUUAUACCUCGUCUUUACAAGAAACACAUGAGAAAUUUAGAUCAAAGAUUGGAAUAAGAAUUUACGAAAACAAAAACAGAGCGAACUGCGAAUGCUUUACAAAAAUUUGCCCACACUCAGUUCCCAUGAACUUUGCGAUAUGAUUCCCAUCAGGCCUAUCUGGCAUUCUGAAAAGUGGACUGACUCUUUCUGUGCAAUGUUGCCAUCCCAGUGUAACGAGUACAAUGAAUCGCAUAAUUUAUCCAUGUUGAAAGAGUAGCUAAGAUGUUCCCAACAACUUUUAUCUUUCUGUAAUUUAUCGUUGGCCAAUCGAGGCUCCAUGUAAACGAAGCAUUUUAAGGCUGUAGUUGAUAGCUUUCUUCAAUCGAACUCCCCAAAUUACUUAAUCUGGUAAUUACACUACAUUUCUGUAUCGUUUUAUUAAUUUUGUAAUAUAAUGUAAAUAGUUUGUUUCCAGUAUGGUUUUACCAGACCACUUUUGUCCAAAUUUUACUUAGUAAUUAUAUCUUCCCUUUUACCCAA